UGAAGAUGCCGACUGAACCAAGCAAGCAUUCUCAACCUGCUCCCCAAACAUCAGCAACAACUUGACCAUGGCGCUUCUGAAAGACACUCUUAUCUCUUCCGACAUUUACAACAACCUCCCAUACAUUGGCGAUGUCUCACAUGCCCCCGAAGAGAGAUCUGCGGAUCUUGAUGCUCUUCGUGAGCUCUUGAGCAAGCAUCACGUCCCUCGCGGAGUCAGCUUGCGACUCGUUCAUAAGCACUUCGACACAGGUGUUGGCGAGGUCAUGGUCUUCAAGAAUGCCACCAUCUACACGGGCGCCGUCCAGCUCAUGGGUCCCGUCGACACUGCUCAAGCUGAAGGUUUGAAGCCAAUUCACUAUUUUGUCGAUGAGAACAGCACCCUCCAGGCGUAUGAGUACGGCACAACCGGCACAAACGUCCCCGACAUGUCUGGGUCCGAGCCGUUCCUCGCCGAAUUCUGUCGCCUCGUCAUUGAGCGCCGUGUACAGCGCGUGUUUGGACUGAAGCUCAGGGAUGAGCCGGAGACCAUGAACAUCAAAUGGACCGAAUACGAGAUUCCGCAUAAACGAUGCACCAUCAUGAUUCCCGAAGGAAUGCCAUGUCCCCCUGAUACCCCCGAGACGUACAUGUACCUUCACUUUGGCACUUUCACAGACACUUAGGUCCCUAGCUCUUUCAUAAAACUCAUCUGC